AACAAGAAAGGUUGGUCUUGUGGUCUUUGACACUUCAUUGUAUACAGGCAUCUACAAUUGUUAUGUAGGACCCACAAACAGCUUUUUUGUCUGCUUAUUUUAACACUGUUCAUUAUUAUUUUUAAUACCACACUCUCUCUUCUACUCUUCACACCCCAUCAAACAAACAAUGUUCAUUUGUUCUAUAUAACUUAUUUUAUUUUCAUCAAGAGGCUCUUCUCUUUUUUUCCUUUCAUUGCUUAGUAAUGAUUUCCUUUCUAUUAACGGUACAAAUGUUAUGGAAUCUUAGGAUGAGUUUGUUGUUUUGAAUGUACAAAAGUAGCAAUUAUAACACAAAAACAGAAUCAUGAAUGCACGAGUGUUUUCAUAGAUGUGUUUUUAGAACAUACAAUUUAUUGACCCUUUUCUUUUUCACUCUUCAUCCUCUCUUUGGAUUUUGUGUUUGUUUGUUAGUAUUUUUGUUUUUUUUUUCUCAAUGUCUCAACAAAGACAAUUUCAUAUGAUGAGUGGUAACAAUCAAGACCAAUAUAAUGAUACAACAUUUACCAAACUUUUUGUUGGAGGGUUAGCUUGGGAGACUCAAAGGGAUACAAUGAGAAAUUAUUUUGAACAAUUUGGAGAGAUCUUAGAAGCUGUUGUGAUCACUGAUAAGUAUACUGGAAGAUCCAAAGGUUAUGGUUUUGUCACAUUUAAGGAUCCAGAGGCAGCUAUAAGAGCAUGUCAGAAUCCAUCUCCAGUUAUUGAUGGUAGGAGGGCAAAUUGCAAUAUUGCUUCUCUUGGUGCAAACAAGAAUCGAUCAUUACCACUUCAACAUCAUGGAAGGUUUAGGCCUCCACAUGGAGUGGUAGCAUCAACUCCUUAUCAUGGUUCUUCAUCUACAAUUUUCCAUCAACCAACUAGGCAGUACAAUUUACCUUAUUCAGCUUAUGGAUAUUCUGGAUAUUCACAAGACACCUUGUAUCCUCAAAACUAUUACAAUGUCUAUGGAGUUCAACAAUAUUCACCUUACUAUCCAUCUAUUGGAGCUGCUGCUGGGGCUAUGGGGUUGAUCCAAAAUGUCUACCCUUACUAUGGUCAAUAUGCACAAAAUAUUCAUGGCCAAGGCUUUGGAGUUCAAUACCCUCAAAUGACUCAAAUUCCAGUUUUACCUCAGCAUUAUGGUUCACAAGGAAUAUUGUCAUUUCCUUCUUCAGUUGCAAUGCCAACCAUUAGUGCAGCGACGAUAACUGCUACCGCAACUACUACAACAGCAACAGCUAUGGCAGUUACAGGGGUUGGUAGUUCACAAGUCACUGGAACAGCUUCUGAACAACAACAUUCUAAAUCUUGAUCUCUACAAAGGAUAAAGAAGGAUACAUGAUGUGUUACAAGGCUAACCAACCUUAACCACAUUCUCAAUUCAUCAUGAAAAAAUUCAACAUCAUCAUCAUGAUCAUCAUAGGUGUUUUUUAUUUAGGAAAUUAGGAUUUUUUUUUUAAGUUUAAGUAGGGAAGAUCAUAUUCAUUCAUGUAUUGAGCAUAUAGGGUAGAAUCUAAUUAUUUAAGCUUUGGAUUCUACCUUCUAGAGUAAUUAUGUCUUGGGUGUUGGAAGCAUCCAAUGACAUAAUAGUCCUAUGUUUAUAUUUUAAAGUACCAUGGGUUAAAAAGAUUGAUUUUAUAUCUUUGAACCCUUUAUUGGUUGGUCAAUUAGGAAGUAAAAGUUGAGCUUGGGUAGCUCAAUAGGUUAGUAUGUAUUUUAUUUUUCAUGUCAUUCAUGAUUUGAAUUUUUUGCCAUAGAUAGGAUUAAUUGAAAACAAAAAAUGUUAAGGUAUAUUUGUUUAUUUAUUUUUUAAUCAUUUGAUUAUCAGGGAUAAGGAAUCUCUGAUAAUUCAGAAUAGAUCCGACAUGAUUCGAACUCGGAUUUUUUUCGAAAAUUUUUCAUUGAGUAAAGUUUACUAAUUACUUUAGUCAACCAAUUGAAUUUCUUUGUUUUUUUCACAUGUAAUGAUAGUUUUUACCAUCCUCCUUUCACCAUCACUUUUGCAUUUUUUUUAUUUAUUUUUUAAUUAUAUUUAAAGCUAAUUCUUCUUUUUGAAUCAAUUAAUUAUCUUUUAGUAUAUUUGUACAACUACAAAGUACAAACGUAUUUGGAAUCCAAGGGAAAUCUCUCUCAUGUGUGGUGUCAAUGACUGUUAGUAACUUUUGAUUACUUUAUUAAGCAUAGUAUUAAGAUGUAGAUAAGGUGAUUGGAAUCAUUUUGUUGACCAAUUUGAUUUGGUGGGUGAAGUUACUUUGUUUGGAUAUGUUUGGAUAUAAUGUGAUGUUGUCAUAAUCGCUUUUAUUAUGAUAAUGGGCCUCAAUGUCAUUGAUGCUUCUAUCUAGCAUUUCUUUUUGCGUGAAAGCUAUAAAAUUCAAAGAGUUUAAUUGAGUUUUCAUUUUUAA